AUGUCCGAUUCUGAAGAAAUCGCAUCCUGUCCGCCCCGAGAAACGUUCACCCUUAGACAACGUUUCCUCGUCGCGCUCGUGGUCGAGGCUGGUUUAUACGGAUUCCACAUCAUCGCGUUCUUCGCAUGCCUCCACAGUCUCCUCAUCGUCCCCCUCUUCGGAUCGGCGAGUCGCUCUACUACUACUAGGGAAGGUGUCGGCGGCAUCACACGGAAGGCACUGGCAGAGCUGAACGCCAAGAUGAUACUCGCAGCCUUGGUGAUGUGCACCAUUGGCUCGAUGGACCUUGCUGCGUCGCUUCGGACCUGUCUGCAACUUCUCACUUCACGGACAUUAGUGUUCGACUGGGCGACCUAUGUCAUCUCAGUGUUUACGGAUAUUCAGAUUUGGAUUGGGGAUAGCAUCCUUCUCUAUCGGCUAUGGAUGAUCUUUGAGAAAAGGUGGAAAGUUGUUGCUUUCCCUCUUAUCUUUAUGGUUUGGGUACACAGGUGGGUGGCAGUGGCAUGUGAAGGUCAAAUUGUUGGCGAGUUUUAA